GAAACAACAUUCAACCUUCUCUCCUUCACUCUUCUUCAUCUUGGUAGAAAUCCUCAAGUCAUGAAAAAACUCCGUGAUGAAAUUGAUACUGUAUUGAAAGGGAGAAACUAUGUUGAAUAUUCAGAUGUCAGCAAGAUGAAGUAUCUAACCUUGGUUUUGAAAGAGGCUCUUAGAAUCAACCCUCCUUUUGGUCAUAUCCAUAGACUUUUACCUCAUGAGAUGGAUCUAUGUGGAUACAAAGUGCCUAAAGGCAGUGUUGUAAUGAUACCCGUAUAUGGAAUGGGUAGGAAUGAGAAACAUUUCAAGAAUCCAGAGAAGUUUGAUCCGGAGAGAUUCACAAGGGAUGAGGACAGCCCCUUAUUUGCGUACAUACCAUUUUCUCUGGGUGCUCGAGCCUGCAUCGGCCAGACGUUUGCUAUGAUUGAAUCCAAGGUGGUCCUAUGUAAGCUCAUUCAGCAACUGGAAUUCCAACUUGUACCCAACCAGAGCUUUGAUUUUGUAGAAGCAGUCACUCUUACGCCCAAAGAUGGCUGCAAAAGUUACAUGACAAUGAGAAACCUGUGACAUGACAAUGAGAAACCUGUGACAUCACAUUGAGAAACCUGUGACAUCACAAUGAGAAACCUGUGACAUCACAUUGAGAAACCUGUGACAUCACAUUGAGAAACCUGUGACAUCACAUUGAGAAACUUGUGACAUCACAAUGAGAAACCUGUGACAUAAUCACAAUGAGAAACCCGCAUCAUCACAUCAUAU